AUGGCGUCGCCUUCAAACCCAAACUCCGGUCCUCCAUAUCAUCUGAGUAUUGGAACUCGUUACUUCUUAUGUAGUGGUUGCAAAACCCCGUACUCGACCCCGACAACUUCAUGGCGUUGUAUAAACUCUCUCUCUCUUUUAAUAUAUUUCAACGUGAGUACGAUGAAAUUCACAGGUCGAGAGUCCAUGAAUUGCCAGUCAAAUGUCAGUUGUAAAGAUUGCAACAAACACAUUGGAGAGAAAUUUAUUGUGGUUAGUGAUAAUGAUCCUCCUCCGCCUCGCCCUAUCCAUUGGAAGGGAAGCGAUCGGAUGCUGUAUUGGGAUGGAGAUCAGAUGCUUGAUGCUGCUGACUCACCUGCUGCCCAGCCUGUCAGGAAGACUUUUGUUUACGAUGGAACCCAGUUGCUUUAUAGUGAUGGAACCAUCCAGGGAAUCAAUGACAAUGAGGGAACUAGUGAGCGAACCGAUCAGGGAAUCAAUGCUGAAACCGACUUGGAAACUGAUGAGGAAACCGACGACGGAAGUAGCGAGGAAACCGGCGGUGGAACUAGCGAGGAAACCGACGAGGGAACUAGCGAGGAAACUGUCGAUGGAACUAGCGACGAAACUGACGAGGAAACCGGCGAGGGAGCUAGCGAGGACACUGACGAGGGAACCGGUGAUGGAACUAGCGAGGAAACUAACGAGGAAACCGGUGAUGGAACUAGCGAGGAAACUGACGAGGAAACCGGCGAGGGAACUACCGAGGGAACCGGCGAGGGAAGCAAUGAGGAAACCGCUAAGGAAACUAAUGAGGAAACCGACAAAGAAAUCGAGGAGGGAACCGACAAGGGAACCAAUGAGGAAACCCAUGAGGAAAUUGCUAAGGAAACUAAUGAGGAAACCGGUGAGGGAACCAAUGAGGAAACCGUCGGUGGAAUCGAUGAGGAAACCAGCGAGGGAACAAAUGAAGAAACCGGGAAGAAAACCGGAGAGGAAGAUCGCCAGUAG